CAUGAUAUUUGGAAUAGCUAGCAACACCCCUCUUUUUAAUAAUGGGACAUUCCAGAAACGUCAUCGUAAAUAAUCACGUGAUUUUUGUUUUCUUGAUGCAAUCGAUGAGGUCAGCUGAGUCGGAUGACACAACAGAAUAUUCUCAAAAUAACCAUCGGGUUUUACCCAUGAAAUAAGCCAAAAAUGCCCGGUCCAGAGAAGCCCAAAGCGUCGCCUGCACCCUUAGGUAACGUGGGACACAUCUGUCAGGAGAAGUUCGCGUGUACGGGGUCGCAAGCGGUGUACGAGUGCGAGGAGUGCGGGACGAUGCAGUGCGAGAGCUGCGAAGCCCAGCUGCACGAAACGGCCAAGUUUGUUUUCCACGAUAGAAGGAGGCUGAAAGAGGGCGAGCCCGGCCGGUGUGAUCUGUGGUGCGAUCCCCACAACCGUGCCGUUCUGUGGUGCGAACAGUGCAGGGUGAACGUGUGUGCUGCCUGUAAGAAGAGACAGUUGGUGAAGUGUACCCGCCGGAAUCACAAGCUGGUGCAGCUCGCACCGCAAGACGUCGAACCCCCGCCGGUCGACCCCGAAACGGUACCCCGCCUGGACGCAGACGGUUCCUCCGAUGAGGCGGAGGUUCUUGCCGAUGCCCUGAGCAGCCUCCCUCUUCCUACACUCGAAGAGCCGCCCGCGUUCUCAGCGGAAGGGCCGGGGCUUACGGCAGCCAGCGGGGACCAGGUAGCCACCCUGGCGCCUAACGUGGACGUACAGUCGUUCCUACUGGUGGACGAGUUUGAAAAAUUACAGGUUGCUAAUGAAACAGAGUUUCUGGACAAGCUUGGGUGUGACUCCAAGGCCCUGGUAAAGGUGGUCUCUAUAUUUGGUAACACCGGCGACGGCAAGUCCCACACCAUGAACGCUGCGUUCUUCCACGGCUGCCAAGUCUUCAACACGUCCUAUCACCAGUCCUCAUGCACGGUGGGAGUGUGGGCGGCCUUCGAUCCCGCCACGCUAACCAUCACCGUGGACACGGAAGGGUUGCUAGGGGUGACGUCCAAUCAGAACCAGCGUACGAGACUGCUGCUGAAAGUGCUGGCCAUCUCGGACGUGAUCAUCUACAGGACGAGAGCGGACAGGUUACACAACGACCUGUUCCGUUUUCUCGGGGACGCGUCGUGCGCGUACCAGCAGCACUUCACCCAGGAGCUGAGAGCUGUUUCGGAGAGAUGCAGGAUGGACGUUCCUCUCUCCACGUUGGGACCAUCAGUUAUCAUCUUCCACGAGACGCAGCAUACUGAGGUCCUGGGAGCAGACCAGCCCCGUGACUGCCAUGGUCAGCCGUCCAAGACACCUGAGAUGCUGCUUAAGGAACGUUUCAAGGAGUUGAAGCUUCACCCCGAUGCCUUCAGCUCCAUAGAGUACAUAGGGACCAGGACUAAGACACCUCCCACUGAUUUCAAAGGCCUGCAGUCGGCUGUCAAAAAACACCUGAAUAACGGCACUGUACGCUCGCCACGAUCGCCUGCUGUCAUCUUCCAUGCAUUGAAGGUUCUGAAUGAAAAGUUCAGCGGUGACAUCGAGCGCUCAGUUCCCAGCACAUUCCCUGAUGCGUACUUCACGUGUGGAUCAACAUGUAUGUCCUGCAGUGCCAGGUGCAGCUUGAGCAUGAGCCAUGAGAAGGAGGACAUUCCUCACAAGUCAGGUGACAGGUGUCAGUACCAGCACCAGUACGACAACAGGAUCUACACCUGCAAGGAGUGCUUCCACAAUGGUAAGCAGGUAGUGGUGGUGCCCAAGGUGGCAGCUGCAUCUGAUUCCACAUGGUUUGGGCUGGCCAAGUAUGCCUGGUCUGGGUAUGUUUUGGAGUGCCCCAAUCAUGGAAUCAUCUACCGCAGCCGGCAGUACUGGUAUGGAAAUACUGAUCCUGUGGACAGUGCAGUCCGCACUGAGAUCAGGCAUGUGUGGCCAGGGGGCGCUCGCGUGCUACAGGGGACCCAUAACGCUGCCCGGAGACUGAUUGACGGGGUACAUCACGUGGCAGGCACAGUAGGAGAGCUGAGCGCGAAACCCUCCAAGAUGCUGGGCAGCUGGGUGGCGGACCAGAUCGCACCGGCAUACUGGGUGCCUAAUGCGAGAAUCACUAAAUGCCAGGGUUGCAAACACGAGUUUGAGCCCACGGAAACCAAGCACCACUGCCGGGCCUGCGGACAGGGGUUCUGUGAUGAGUGUUCGUCCAGGCAGCUGCCCGUGCCCGAGAGGGGGUGGGGGGAGGCACCCGUCAGGGUGUGCGAAACCUGCUUCAAGGAGAGAAAACAAGCCGACGGAAUUUUUCCCCACCAUCCAACUGACUUAGCUGACCUCCAUGUUUCUGAAGGCACAGAGACAAAGGUCGUCCCAGCUGAAGAGGGGGAGGGGGGCGCCGACAAGACCGUCAUGGUUCGCAAGGUCGGGGAGGUCGUGCAGAGCACUCUGGGAGUGGCUGCCACUGCCAUCAACUAUCCACUCGGAUUGAUGGUGGACGCAGCCCGCCCUGCGUACUGGAUAGCGGACAGCGAGAUCGUGUUCUGCCACGGCUGCCAGGUGGAGUUCGACCCAACCAUGUCCAAGCACCACUGCAGGGCGUGCGGGAACGGUUUCUGCGACGAGUGCUCCAUGGCGCGACGCCCCGUACCCUCCAGAGGCUGGGACCAUCCCGUCAGGGUGUGUAACGAAUGUAACAGGAAAGGUGGCGACUUGUAGAAUGUAUAGAAGGCAUACCCUUGGAAACCUUGGACCUAUGUUCCGAAAAUAAUUUCAUCAGGUUGGUAGAAUAUAGAUUAUGAGAAUUCUUUUACACAACCAAAAUUAAACUUGCUUACGUUUC